CGCGCACCGAGAGGUAGCCGGAGCACGUACGUUGAUUUCUCUCGAACAAGAGAGGAGUGAACGCACAUCGCAUUUUCCAUCAUACACCACACACAUGCUGCAGGCUCUCUCAAGCUUACGAUUCCAGCCAGAGAUCGAGACGAGAGAGUGACAGAACGAACAAUUGUCUGACACUGAAGCACGGACCAGAAAGCGACUGAGAGGAGGACUAUAGAGUAGAGAGAGAGAGAGGGGAACGGGAGAUCAUUUGACCAAAUAUGCCUUAAAAGCCAUUUUCGGAGGUCCGCCUGCGUGCCCAUUGAUUACAUGCUCGUCCUUUUAUUUAUUUAUUUUUAUCAACAUUUUGAUUACAAUUUCUCGGUUGUUUGCUCUUUGAGUCAGUGACUGGCACGUUACGGGAUGUGUUACGGAAUUUGAAGAUGGAGUUUUCCUCCCCUGUAGUGGAUACGGUGCUGUUCCUCGUCUCGUCCUCCGGUUCAUCUCAAGGUCCUACGGUCAGUUACAACUGCACCCCGCCACCCGCGCUACGAGCCGCAUUUAUUAUCCCACAGGUGCGCUCUUCCUGCUGUAGACCCCUCCUCCACGCGGCGAGGUCAGGUCAGGACCCUUCCAAAACUCUCCAUUCUGGUUCGACGAUAACCACCAACUGUCAGCUCUAUGCUGUCCCCGCUGUAUGCAGAUGGCUCCAUCAUCGUGGAGAGAAGAGUACCAGCGCCGGCCUUGUGGCCAGCUGACGGUAUGCCACCCACCUCCCAAAACCAUCGCCCACUCCGAUGCCACCCACCGCCCACCAGCGGGUCCAGCGUCUGUGCCAACCCCACCUACUACCACGCCGUCUAUGACGUGCGGGUCGACAAAUGCCGGGAUGCCCCGUUUCUCAGUGGGCGCGGCAAGGCGGGGAGGGGUCCUGGGGGGUCACUGGCUCUGGUGGCGGCAGAUGGCGACCCGUUAGCGCCCCCUGUGAGGCGGCGAGGGGGACUGGUGGAUCACAGGGAUGUGAUUAAGGCUCACCAGUCACACAAGCUGCAGAGCACGCCACAGGCCAGACGCAAGGAGUGGGAAAUGGCACGCUUCGGUGACGAGGUGCCGAACCGAGGAGGUGGAGGAGGCGGAGGUGGAAGUGGAGGCGGUGGCAAUGCCGGUCCUCUGGGGGCCCCUGGCCGCGGCGGGAGUCGGCAAGGCGGACCCCCGGGGGGCCAGCGUGUGUACAAGCAGUCGAUGGCCCAGCGGGCCCGGACUAUGGCUCUGUACAACCCGAUCCCGGUCCGACAAAGCUGCUUUACACUCAACCGCUCUCUCUUCAUCUUCAGUGAGGACAACUUUGUGAGAAAAGCUGCCAAAAAGAUUACUGAAUGGCCAUAUCCUUUCAUAACCUAAUGGUGAACUAUCAUAUCAGAUCGAAUGGAUUUAAGGUACUGUACAAAUGUGUGUUGUGUGGGAUUGUGUGUUAGGCCUAUGUGUUGUGUUGUGUGGGGUUGUGUGUUAGGCCUAUGUGUUGUGUUGU